UCGCUGAAAAAAGCAAUGCCUCCUCCAGACACCAUGUACUGCGCCCAGCAAAUCAACAUCCCCCCUGAGCUGCCAGACAUCUUGAAACAGUUCACCAAGGCAGCCAUCAGGACCCAGCCCCACGAUGUGCUGCAGUGGUCGGCUGCCUACUUCAACGCCCUGUCCAAAGGGGACACGCUUCCAGCCAAGGAGAGGAUGGAGAUGCCCGUGGCCACACAGAAGACUGACACGGGACUGACACCUGGUCUGCUCAAAGUCCUCCACAAGCAGCUGUCUUCUAAAGAGACGGUGGCUAAGGAGGACCUCCAGCAGAAGUGGCAAGGCCUGUGUCUGCCCCUGGAGCAGCUGGACACAUUGCUGGCACUGGGAAACUUCAGCACCGACAUCACCUGGAUGCAUUUCUUUGCUCUGGGCUGCAGCACUCUGGGAGGGACCAUCAUCAGCUCGCUGAAGUUUGCGUGUGAGAUCCUGACGGAGGAUGAGGAGGGGGGUGCCGCCCGGAUCCCCUUUGACACGUUUGUGGGUCUGUACAACUACCUGGCCCACCUGGAUGGUGAGAUCCCCCAGCAGCAGACAGACAGCUUCCUGCACAGCCUGAGGGAGUCUGUGGGUCCCCAGGGAGGGAUGGUGAGACCGGCUGACCUCAUCGGUCUGGAGGCUGUGGACGUGACGGAUCCUCCCAGAUCCUCCAGCUACAUGGGUCUCCCUGGCGCGGUCAGGACAGAGUAGAGGCCGACACGAGGCUGCUGUGACACAACACCAGUGGAGAUGACACUGUCAGAAUUUCGUCAUCCCUGUGAGGCAAGGAACGCUGGG